AUGGACUCCACCACCGGCUCGGAAGAGCAGCACCCGCAGCUUCAAGAGCGGAAGGAUUCAGGCGCGGGCUUGUCUGUGCACAUGACGUUUGGCUACCGCUCAGAUCUGAAACAAUUCAGCGACAGAGUUAUCCGGGUGCAUGUUCAAAGAGAUCCUCUGGAAGGAGGAGGUGCUCUUCGACAGCCAGAAGUAGCUACAACUCGGACUGAACAGUCUCAUGGUUCAGAUUUUGUUGCUUCACAAGAGCUGUCCAACUCUAGAUGCGAAGACCAUGCAGUCGACCUGGAGAUGCAGCCAGUUGCAAGAAAUGAAGACACGGAAGAAGACGAAGACAGCCAAGGCGAGCUUUUUGAGGUGACUGCUGUGGAGGAGCGGCCACCAGUCAGGUUUGCAAAGCAUCAGAAAUCGGAGACUGGUACAUCAGGCUCGUCGUACGACAUCCCCGUCAGCAGCAUUGUCAUUGCUGCCUAUUCGACGUAUUUCAUGCGGAUGCUGACGUCAGGCCUUCAAGAGAGCACCGCCUCGAAGGAGCAACCGAUCGUGGUUACACUUUCGCCAAGAGAUGCACAGAGCUUCAACGCUCUGGUCGAGUUCAUGUACACUCACAAGAUCAGCGCGACGGUUCGCUCAGAUAAGGAAGAACUCUGCUGGCUGGUGACCGUUGCGGACCGCUUCGAGACGCCGGCGUGCGUCCAAACGUGCGUCGAGACGCUGACGUCAACCCCCACAACGCUCGCUGACGCAGUCAUGUACGUCAGCCUGCCGGAGCCUGUGAAGCGGUGCGAGGCAGUCCGGGCGCUGAUCGAUACUGUAUCUAACUUUACGGACUGGUCGUUCGAGGAGAUAGCGGGCGCAGAGACCGUUUGCGAAAUGGAUGAGCUCACCAUCAGACGACUCGUUCUCAAGCUUCGGGGAAGCGACGAGUACGAGGAGGAGCUCUGUAAAGUCUGCCUCCAGUGGUUUCGAUCCGCGAGUCGGGACCGGUGGGGAGCCUUUGCGGCCCUCCUUGAGUUGCUCGAGUUUUGGCGCAUCAACCGGUCUUUCAUUAGAGAAGAGCUGGAGAGCUGCGCUGAGAUAAGCUCCAGUCCAGAGCGGCGGGCCCUGAUAGACAAGCUGAAAACCAUGGAACCACCUCUGGAAGACAAGGAAUUGGAGGUCCAUGAAAACCAGGGGGGCGCGCUUGCAGCCCAAGGCCCGGGUCAGGCGGUCGCCGGAAACAACGCUCCUCCCCCCUUCCCUGGUGGCCCGAUUGCCGAAAAUGUCAUGACAACCUUGUUGGGAAUCUUGAUCGUCUUGGGCUUUCUGGCGGGCUUCGUGAUACCCUUGGUAUUCGCAGCCAGGGUAAAGGAGCAUCAUCACGGGUUGUCAGAUGCGCUGUUCGCAACUGCGUUUCUAGGUCUCCUGCCCGUGGGCGGUGCGAUCGUAGGCUUAAUAGCCGGCGUCUUUUUAUUGAUAGUCUGGUUCUUUAUUCAUGACUGUCUGUUAGUGUGA